AUGGAUGCAGCUCCCAACUGUGCCAUCUGCAAUGCGCCGCCCUAUCCCGAAUGCUCCUGCGAGUCGGAGCGCCUGCAAAUUGCCGUCAAGCAGGCCGAGCAGCGUGCCAUGGAUGAGAGGUUGGCUGAAAUAAGAGACUGGGUGAUUAACAACGCGCGUCAGCAUAUCUUGAAUGCCUUUGAGCGGUUGACGUCAACUCGCAAGCAAGCCCAUUCAUCAUACCUUGCCUCGCUCCCACACUACGAAGUCUACAUGCGAUAUUCCGGUCAUCCGCCAAUACACCCCAUGUACGUGGCGACGCUUCAGACACAAAUCGCAGAAGCCCAUGCUGAGCUCAAGCGUGGCAUCGACGCUGAUUGGCGAGCAUCGGUUCUUCGCUACCCGGAAGUCUUGGAUUACUUCUACAGCCUUGUUGACCUCAGGCUGCCGGAUGACCAUUCUCGAGAGGUCGUUGAACCGCCUUUUGCCGCUGCAGGUUACACUGACAUAGGCUAUGGUGUCAAAGAGAAGAAGAAGAAACGACGAGAUAGAGAUAGCUCAGUAUCUCAUGGACACAUGGCAGUAGGCAGAGUAGCGCGCGGACCGCCUCCAGUACCAGUACCACCGGCGCCGCCAGCACCGGGCCAACAUGUAGGAUUUCCUCGUGGAGCUGGUCCAUACCCGUACUAG